CCGAUACACAAAGACACUUCAAUAGUUUCAUGGUUUCAUGCUCAUGCAUUGUUUCACUUUGCAUACAGUAGAUAUUAUCAUUGAUUUAACCAUAUUGAUAUUUGAUCUAUUUUUUCCCCUAUUAACGAGUAACAAAGUCACUGAUCCGUGGGUACCAUAUGCGAAUAAAUUUGCCAAAUUGGACUAAACGUUCGCUUCCUUUUAUACGAGAGACGGUUUACUUGAAAUGUUUGUCAACUGUAAAGUGAAAAGAGAAAACGUUUUGGUUGACUUAUGAUGUAAUUUGAGAGUCGGCCACGGUCACCAUUCACUGGUCACAAGACCUAAGGAUACAAAUCAAUAGGAGGUCAAGCGUAAUAAAACGGACACGAUUGACAGCUGAGGAGCUAAUUAUUUGUCUGUGAAAUACGAGUCGAAGUAUUUGUCAAUUUCGACAUAGACAACAUUGGGCAUUAUGGCGUUAGCAGCGAAAAUCAUUUCGCUGACCGCCUUAUUUAUCGUGACUUUCAUCUCAGGAUUACUGCCUUUAAAGCUACGUCGAAAACGGGAACAAAGCGACGAAAAUCUCGCAGCUCGUCAAGACCUACGACGCAAACAGUUGAUCAGCCUGGGCACAUGCUUUGCCGGUGGUGCGUUUUUCGCUUCUAGUAUGUUGGAAUUGUUACCAGCCGUUGAAAAAGAUUUCAAGGCGGUAUUUGAUAGUGCUACCAUAAGUAAUUUCCCUAUUGCACAAUUCGGGGUUUCUAUUGGAUUUUUUUUCAUUUUGUUGGUCGAGCAAAUUGUCCAUGUUGUUAAAGAAAGACAAUUACAUGGACAUGGGCAUAGUCAUGGACAUAAUCAUGGGCACAGCCAUGAUCGUAAGGAUUCAUCCCCUUUGCUGCAACAUCGACACUCGCCUAGCUACGGGGUGCAGUCUGAUGACAGCCACGAUUCGUCGGACAGCGGGGAAAGCGAUAACGAUGAAAAAGGUGAUUGUCCCCCACCAGCAAAUGCCCUUGACAACGGCCAUCCAGUUCGCCAUGCUGAGCACCGCAAUAUACAAAAUGUUGAAGAUGACUUAGCCAAUGAUAGUAACGAAGACCAUGAACAUGAACACAGUAUAUUUGCAGACAUCAGCAAGAAACACCACAACCAGCGUCACUACCUACGGUCCUACCUUCUCCUAAUUGCGUUAUCGGUCCACGCCCUAUUCGAAGGACUUGCGGUUGGGCUUUUCCAAAAUAUUGAUAGCAUGAUACAAGUAUUGGGUGCUCUGAUUAUCCAUAAAUGUAUCCUUGGAUUUUCAAUUGGUAUCAAUCUCGUUCAGCAUAGCUUCCCAGCAAUGACGGUCGCAUGGUCGUCAUUUCUAUUCUCGGCGAUGAGUCCUGUUGGGUUUGGUAUAGGAAUUCUCAUGUUGGCCUACGCUUCCACGUACUUGGGUCGGAUAUUUUCAGCGGUAUUCCAAGCAAUCGCAACAGGAACAUUUCUGUAUGUGACGUUUUUCGAGAUAUUCUUUCACGAACUGAACAGUAAAGAAUGUCACAAGUUGUUAAAAGUGCUCAUGAUGAUUUUAGGAUAUGCCGUAAUUACAAUUGUUCUAUACUUUGAAAAUAGAAUAAAAUGAUUGUAUUAUAAUACUAGUGUAUGUACAAUCCAUAACAUGGAUGCAUUAUAUUGCAUAAAAGGGCUUGCUGUACGAAGGCUGGGCUGAAUAGUGCUACCUUUUUUUAUAAAUACUAUAGUUUAAUACAGGUUAUACUAACCAAUGACCAAUUUUAGAAAGGUUGACAAAAUCACUAUCUAGUCCAGCAUUUGUACAAUCAGCCCCUGUUUUUAAUGGGUCAUUUUCAACGUUUUGCUUGUCAUUAAAAAAAUACAGUUUCAAUGUAAUUUUCAAAAUGAAUAAAUAAAAAUAUAAUUGAAUACACUUUUUUCCUUGUUUAUUCAAACUAAUAAUGCAUUUAAUUCAUAUCAAAUGAUUUGACCUUAACUUGUAAUGUUACCUAUACUAUUAAUUUAAGGUAGGUCUACCAGCCCCCAAAGGGAAUCUCCACAAACCUCCAGGGGAGGAUACAUAUUGUAAUAGCCUAAUAGGCUACUUUUCUAUUGCAUACCUGUUACUUGAGAGUCAAGAAAUAUUGAAAUAACUUGAUUGCAUUAACUGGUCUUUGUGAGCUGAGAAAGUACCAUACAUGCCAGAAGAACUUUCUAUUCAUUGAACAACUCAGUUAACUGGGAGAGAACACAAGAGAAAUUUAACUUUGCAUGUAACAUCAGACCAAUUUGUAACCAUAGGGCAUACUUCAUAUAAAAGAACAUGACUCAGCAGUGAGUUCUGUACAACAUCAGAUCAACAUGAUCAUUAACCUGAGUAUCAGGCCCUUAUGUUUUCAUUCGCCAGGAUUGAGCCUGAUACUCAGUUUAUACAUGAUCAUAACAUCGUCAACUGGGAGUAACUGAACUCUAUUAUUCCUCUAUACUCUUUAAUUUAUUUACUUCUACUCUUCUACAUUUCUGCAAACAAAACUUAAAUUGAGGUAUCUCUUUGAUCAAUGUGGACCCAAUGUGCUAUUUUCAUUGCAACUAGUUUCAUUCUUCUAAAGUUUUCCCUAUUAAAAAAGGUAACUCACCUCUUUUUCACAGCUUGGUUUGUUGCCUAUUUAAUUAAUAUACUUGAUGAAAGUGACAUUUAUUUUAACGUUCUAUAUUGUAUAUGAUACAUUAAAAGUUUCUACCUGAGAUGAUGAAAUUAAAAAAGUUUGAAAGACUAUUAGCCACUGUUUGUUUCCACACUUUUUAAACAAACUAAACAACUGAUACUUGUAUGUCAUCAUUGUCUGUGGAAUGAUUUUCACUUUCCCUGUCAGCAUCAUGUGUUGCCAGGUCACUUUUACUGCCAGCUUCGUGAGGUGGUGAGGUAUCGUCUUUCUUGUUUGCAGUCCCUUCUUCGCCGUUUGAUUUCUUCUCAAUGUCGUCUUUUGAGCUGCCAAUGGUUGGCUGUUUGCACGUGUGGGAGACAUCUGUUUUGACGCUUUCUUCGGGUUUACUUGAAUGGGAGUCAGGUAAGGCAUCAUUUUCUUUGUUGCUUAGCUCUUCAACAUUGUUAGCUUCUGAGUUAGGUUUUUCUUUUCUUGUACUUUGCAUACCCUUCUCGUUCGUAAUUUGCUGAACUUUGUCUGGAUUUGUUGGCUGAUCAUCCUUCUGAUCAUCAGUUCUACUGUGAUGAAUGUCCUUGGCAUCUUUUACCAGGACUUUGACUUUGACUAUCUUCUCGCCUGUACUUUCUACAUUCUCUGCAACAUCCGCAUUCAUUCUAUCCUGUUCAGAGCUAACCACAGACGUGUUAAAGUUUGAUUUUUCUUGCUCUUUAAUUUCCUUUGCUCGCCUCUCGCUUGUAUCUUCAGUAUUAUUCGCUGGUUCUUGUUUACUUUCCAUAUGAUCAUUCAUUCCAUCCUGUUUAGAGUUUUCCCCUGAUUUCAGCUUGCUUGCUUCUUCAAUUUUAUUUGCCUUUUCUUCACUUCUAACUUCAAGGUUGGACGCAUCACAGCUACCCCCAGGUUUCUGAUUGGUCGAUUUUUCUUCCUCCUUAAUUUUCUUUGCCUUUUCUUUGCUUGUAACUUCAAGGUUAUAUGCAUCAGAGCUACCCCCAGGUUCCUGAUUGGUUAACUUUCCUUCUUCCUUACUUUUCUGUGCUCUUUCUUCGCUUGUAACUUCAGGGUUGGAUGCAUCAGAGCUAUUCUCAGGUUUCUGAUUGGACUUUUCUUCUUCCUUAAUUUUCUUUGCCUUUUCAUCGCUUGUAACUUCAAGGUUGGACGCAUCAGAGCUAUCCCCAGGUUCCUGAUUGCUUGAUUUUCCUUCUUCUUCCUCCUUCUUACAUUUCUUUGCUCUUUCAUUGCUUGUAACUUCAACACCACAUUUACUUUGUUCAGAGCUACCCUCAAAUUUCAAGCUUUCACUGGUAAUAACAACAUCACUUUUCUUGCUCUCCUCACAGUUUAAUUUCUUCGAUAUUUUGUCAGUAUUUUGAAAAUUAGCAGCCAACUCUAUCUCCUUUUUCCCCUUCUUUGAAGGUUUUCCCCCGGACUUACCAUCGUUCUUCUUCGUUUCAUCACUUGGUUUGUUAGAGUCAACUUCCUUGUUGUGGAAAUAUUUAAAAACAGACUCCAUAGCUUUCCACGAUGUUUCUUCAUGUUUUGUGGUCCCUGGGGAAA